UGCAACACCUGGCGGUAGCGGCCUCGGCGGGGACGGCGAUGGCACUGAGCGGCGACACGUCGCGGCCAAUUACGCUCUCGGUCGCGGUCGCCCUGAUCGCGGCGGCGUUGGUCCUGCUCGCGGAUCGUCCGGUGAUCGCCCGGCACCAACAUCGCUCCGGCAAUGGUCAUAAGCUGUCCGGUGACAUCUCUCUUUGGAUCGACCAGCAGCAGAUCAAGAUGUUCAGCGGACUGGCAAUGGAAAUCUAUGCCAUCACCGAAGGCAGAGUGCUGUCUUACCUAUUGGAUCCGGAAUUCGAGAAUAAGGUGCCGAUCAUCCCGAGCGAGGUGUCAUACGUCAACUUCACGUGGAAGUCUGGAAUAAAAAAGUAUCAUUACAACUUUUACCAAUUGAAGUCGUACGACGAGACCAUCCUGAAGACUCCAUCCAUCACAAUCAAGACGCAAGGACGAGUGCCUAAGAAACCGAAAGAGUUCAGCGUUCUGCUGCCUUGCACUGGUAACAGUUCCGGCAUAGCGCAAUUUGGGAUCGGUCUGAUGAUCGAGACACGCAAGGGAAAGCCUUUAAACGGGACGCCUCUUGUGCUCAGCCUCAGGAAAGAAUGCACCGUACGCGAGGCUAAUUCUGGUCUGUGCCCGGACGGCUAUCUAGGCCCACCGGCUUGCAAGAAAGCGCUCUGUUAUCCGAACUGCAUGAACGGAGGCAAUUGUACGGCGCCAGGUAUAUGCUCGUGUCCGCCAGGAUAUCAAGGACCCUAUUGUGAAGGAGGUAUUUGUGAUCAAAAGUGUCUGAAUGGUGGGAAAUGCGUACAGAAGGAUAUCUGCGAGUGUCCCAAGGGUUAUUUCGGCACGCGCUGUGAAUUUUCCAAAUGCUUCAUACCGUGCGUAAACGGCGGCAAGUGUAAGGGAAAUAACAUAUGCAGAUGCCCGUUGGGAUUCAAAGGAGAUCAUUGCGAGAUCGGUAGACGCUCGUCGCAGCGAUCCACGUGUACGGCGGCGUGCAGAAACGGAACCUGCCAGACGGACAAUACAUGCCUCUGCAAUAAAGGCUGGUACGGAAAGUUGUGCAGCAAAAGAAAGCCAUGGGCUUAGUAGCUGAUAACGAGUAUUCUCAACAUCAAUUUCCUCCACACCGAUUGAGAAAGGAUUUAUGAAGAUGUUGUUUAUAAAUUGCCAGAGGAACUAUGACAGAAAAUCACAUUUAUAAUAUGUGUACAGUAGACUGUAUUUAAAACGACGUAAAGGAAGGUUUAUAUUAAUAGUUAGUGAAGAAUCUCUCAUGAUAUUAGAAUGACAUAGAGCUUAUCGUAGGAUUCUGUUCUUUUAUUUAAUGUGACAAUAUGAAUGAGACAAACACGACAAAGAAACCCCAUAAAAAUUUGUCUCCCAACUAAUUUUUCAAGCAGUCACUGAAAUGUGACCAGCUAUUUACUACUAUUUAUAGUUAACUUACUCUGUUUCAGAUGUGAUAUGUAAAGCUGCUUUAUGUCAGUUUAUAACAUUAUUUUAUAUAUAUAUAUAUAUAUAUAUAUAUAUAUAUACAUAUAUACAUAUAUAUAUAUAUAUAUAUACACACUUAGUUAUUAAUACUUUUAUACUGUAGAUGUAACAAUUGCAAGAAGGAAAAAAGAAUGAAAAUAUAAGAUGAAAUGUAUUUUCUAACGGUCAGAGAGCAUAUGUUUCUAUGAUGUAACUGGAUUCCCUGUUUAAGAUGAUGACAAAACGAUAACAUCUCAUAAGGCUUCGCCUGAAUCUCAAUAAAAAUCAAUGCGAAUCAAUAAUGAUGAUUGAUUUUAAAUUUCAGAUUGAGUGUAAUCUUAUCGUCUUAAAUAUCAUUUUAAACAUGGUAAACUAUGGGAUAAAUUAAUGACUGCGUUCAGCAGAGAAUGGUGCUUUGCAACUGUUACAAAAUUCACGAAUCUGAUUGUAUGCUUUUAAUGUUGACUGAAUCUAAAAGCAAAUAUCUGUCAGAUUCAUAAAUUUUAUAACAGUUACAAAGCAGCUUUCUCUGUUGAAUGCAGCCAAUAUUUCUUUUCUCCAGAUAUACAUCUUAGAAUGUAAACAAUUGAGUUUAGCUUUAUCCAGCUUAUUUUCAGUUUUACUAUAAAUUUGUGAAAAACAUUACCAUAAGGAACAAAUCUAUCACUUGUAGGAACCAUGUAUUUCGAAAGUGACGCGAGUGCAGCUUCGAAAAUUGAUUUUCAAUUACAUCCAAUUGAAAAAU